AUGGCAUGGACGUCAUGUGCGCUGUGUCCACAGUCGCAUCAAAGCAGGCAGGCGGCAGAAUACGAUUUUAAGCUGUUUCUGCGCAAACGAGAUAGGCGUGAACUUUUGCUACAACGUUCAAGAACUUUAUUCAGUAAUUUACUUAAAGAGAGACCACUAGCUAUUAGUGGAACGUUCGUUCUAUAUGGUUUUAAUGUUCAGGUUGUGGCUUCCGAUAUGCCAGUAAAAAUCAAUGCUCGAGGUAAGACUGGAUUGGCUUUAUCGAGCCUGGUUAACGAAAGGCAAGUCGACUACAUGCAAAAUAUUAAUGACGGCUGCUUGAUGACAUUGUCACCAAUCACUACACCCUGUUGUAGAAAUACCUUCGUUGUACUAAGCACUAAAGAUCAGAGUAUUUAUGGCGAGAAAGUGAAUUACGGCGACGAGUUUAUUUUGAAGGCGGAAAAUUACGGUGAUCCAGAGGCCCCGCCUUUGUAUGUACGAUACUCAGUAGAGGGUGUGCCGGGCCCUGCAGACAGAAUGCCUAUUAGCUUAAGUACUACAAAAGAUAGCAGUUGCCGUUGGACAACAAUGCCUCUUCUUCCUCGUGACCGCCUUGAAGGUCUUGGUAGUCCCAUAAAGACAGGCGCCAGACUCGUCAUAAAAAAUUGCGUAGCGGACAAGAGUUUAUGUAUUAUGAAUCAAAAUUGGAUGCAAACCUUUUUCGGGCCCUACAGACUAAACAAAUUUCUCGAGCAAAUGAAAAGAGGUGAUUUAAUGUUGGCUAAAUAUAGAAAAAUGACUGAAAAUCUUAAUAAGCCAACAGUGUUGACUCAAUCGUCGGGCACUAUCGGCUUUGGUGCUAAAAUUUCCCUCCUCGCACCCCACGUGCCAGCAACAGAUCCGCCGAUAGAUGAUAAAAAAGGUUUACUUCUCGGAGGUCGAAUAACGACAAAUGAAAUUAAUUAUUCUCAAGACCUGGAAGAUGGAUGUACUUUAGUAGGCUUGCCAGAUAUUCAACCCACAGAAAGAAGCACUUUCAUUAUAACCAGCGCUGAUUAUUGCAAUCGUCAAGAAGAAAUUCUUAAAUAUAAUCAGGAAUUUCUUCUAACCGUUUCAUCUUCCGUUGUAAGGAAUAAGCCCCUUUAUAUAAGAUAUGAUCCAAACCCAAUACCUGGCCUUAGCGGAAUGUUUCCACUAUACCUUAGCAAACAUCCGGUAUCCAAUACAAGAUGGCGCAUCCUGCCUGUUCAAAGACCUAAUAUUACUAGAUUUGAGCAAGAGGGGAAACCAGUAAAUGUGAAUACGGACAUCAUAAUCAAUCACUGUGCCACAAAUGUUAAUUUGGGCAUUAACAUUGGCUGCUGGGCAAUGGGAUUUCAUGGAAAACUUUGCGCUCCUUUGAUGAAAACGAGUUUAGAUGUAUAUGGAAAGGAAUUGCCAAGCAAUAUCUGGCAGAUAUACAUUCCUAUUGCUAAUUGAAAUGUUUUACAAGCAAGAAAUGACUUG